AUGUCAGCAUGGGCAUCUAGGCGGGAGACCCAUGGCGUGCUCCCUGGCAACCCUGUCUCGGAGAUACGCACGCGAAGAUGGACUAGGCAGUUAAAAAAUAUUGGCCAUUUGACAAUUGCUAAGUGGAUACCCGACCACGAGAAUCCUACAGACGCGCUGCAGAAGGGAGUGCUUAAGAAGGCGAAAGGUCGCAAGCGAGGCGCCGGCGAAGUUGGACGCAUGACGCGCAGUGUGCGCCAACAUAUGGCUGCGCCAUUAGAGUUGCUGUCUGAGUACCCCGCUCGAGUCAACCCAAUGCCAACGCCGAUGCCAACACCAACGCCAACGUCAACACCAGCACAAGUGCUUAUCUCCUGUGAUGUUGCUUUUAAGCAGGAAUGUGAAACCGGCACUUCUAUCAAAAAGACUUUUACGGACAUAACUCGAAACAACGCUCUUAAAGCUGAAGCUUCACCCUUAACUCAUGCAACGUCGGCAUCGCCUGCAUUGACGCUCUCAAUGAUGCCAAUAACUCCCUCUGUGUCCAACCAAAUGAUGACCGAAGUGCCAUCGGAUGAGCAACUUGAAAUGGUUUUGGACGAUCUUCCGAUGCUCGAUGCGGACGACAACUUUGCUUUGGAUGCGUUAGAUCAUGCAUUUUUACCGCCACCAGCGCCAAUAGGAGCCUCAUGUACCAUUGAUGAGCGCUCUACUGGAGUCGAUUUGAGUCAGCAUUCAGUUGAAAAUUCUUCGGCUUCAGUCAGCGAGGAUGAUGGGUCUGCGAAUUCGGGCUCAUCGAUGCCUUCAGCCUCUCCUCAGUCUUCGCCCGGUAUGUCUCGGUCGCCGUCUCCCUAG